AUGGCAGAAGAGCUUCAAGCGAAAAUCAUCCAAACGCGAAAAGAGAUAGACCAGAUUAAAGAAGAGACUCGAGCGAAUCGCGAAGCAAAAGAGGACACAACCAUGAAGAAAUUUACAUCUGAAAUACCGGGGAUUAGUAAGAGUGACCACGUCAGAUUUAAACGUGGGCUUCGAGGCCAUAUCUCGAAGAUAUACGCGAUGCAUUGGGCAGCUGAUUCGACUCAUUUAGUCAGUGCGUCACAAGAUGGGUUGAUGUUAACAUGGGAUGGCCAGUCGACACAAAAGAUCCAUUGCAUUCGUAUACGAAGCUCGUGGGUCAUGACUUGUGCUUAUGCGCCAUCAAUGAAAUUUGUAGCGUGUGGUGGGCUUGAUAACAUCGUCUCGAUCUAUUCGAUUGCUCCAAAAUCGUCGAGCAAUGAACCAUUGAAUAACACGACUGCUGAAUUGGCUGGACACGUUGGAUAUAUUUCUUGUAUGCGUUACGUCGAUGAGAACAGAAUUUUGACGUCUUCUGGUGACUCCACUUGCUGUUUGUGGGACGUCGAACAAACAACUAAAUUGAUGGAUUUCAAAGACCAUCAAGCCGAUGUCAUGUGCGUCUCCGUCUCACCCGACCACAACACUUUUGUGUCUGGGGCGUGUGACUCGAUGGCAAAGUUGUGGGAUAUCAGAAUGGAAAACUGUGUUGCGACAUUCACCGGACACGACGCUGAUAUCAACGCUAUUGCGUACCACCCUAGUGGAAAUGCUUUCAUUACUGGAAGUGAUGACUUCUCAUGCAAACUCUUUGAUAUUCGAGCGGACAGAGAAUUGAUGAAUUACUCGUCUGAAAGUAUGCAACAUGGCGUGACAAGUGUUGCUAUUAGUUCGACAGGAAGAUAUUUGUUCUGUGGGUAUGAUGACUUGGGAUGCUUGUGGUGGGAUGUCUUGAAGGGUGACUAUAUCACUCGACUGACGGGCCAUGAAAAUCGUGUAAGUUGCUUGGGUGUUUCUCCAGAUGGGUUUGCUUUGUGUACUGGGUCUUGGGAUUCCACCCUUAGAAUUUGGGCUAAUUAA